AACACGAUGCCUGAGCCAGCCAAGUCCGCGCCCAAGAAGGGCUCAAAGAAAGCUGUCACCAAGGCUGCCGGAAAAGGAAAAGGCAAGCGCAGAAAGACAAGGAAGGAGAGCUACGCUAUCUACGUGUACAAGGUCCUGAAACAGGUCCACCCCGACACCGGCAUCUCGUCCAAGGCCAUGAGCAUCAUGAACUCCUUCGUGAACGACAUCUUCGAGCGCAUUGCCUCCGAGGCGUCUCGUCUGGCUCACUACAACAAGAGAUCCACCAUCUCUUCCAGGGAGAUCCAGACCGCCGUCCGCCUCCUGCUGCCGGGUGAGCUGGCCAAGCACGCCGUGUCUGAGGGCACCAAGGCCGUCACCAAGUACACCAGCUCCAAGUAAAAUCCUCCAGUAAAUACUUAAAGUCAAACCAAAACGGCUCUUCUAAGAGCCACCCAACUUUUCUUGAGAGUGACUUUCUUCCAAACUUUGCGGACCCCACUGAAUUGUCUAGAAAACCUUUAGGUCAUCAAUUUCUUUGAUUUUUAUUCCAGGAGGAUAAUCAAGUGUAGAUCAUGAAUGCAUCUCGUCCAUAACUACUUAAAUCAUUAAUUCAACCCCUUCUCUCUAAAAGUGCCAUCCAAAAAUGAGUUCCUAUAUUAAUAAAUUAACUGGUUUACAUCAGGGCUUCACGGUGGAAGAGGGGUUAGUGCAUCUGCCUCACAAUACGAAGUUCCUGCAGUCCUGGGUUCAAAUCCAGGCUCGGGAUCUUUCUGUGUGGAGUUUGCAUGUUCUCCCCGUGAAUGCGUGGGUUCCCUCCGGGUACUCCGGCUUCCUUACACCUCCAAAGACAUGCACCUGGGGAUAGGUUGAUUGGCAACACUAAAUCGUCCCUAGUGUGUGAAUGUUGUUUGUCUAUCUGUGUUGGCCCUCCGAUGAGGUGGCGACUUGUCCAGGGUGUACCCCGCCUUCUGCCCGAUUGUAGCUGAGAUAGGCGCCAGCGACCCCGAAACGGAAUAAGCGGUAGAAAAUGGA